AUGUCUGAGGGGACAGUGCCCGCCGUGCCCGGCCUGCCGACUGUUGUUGCGAGUUCAGGGAUUGACGAGGAGACCCUGGGCGAGGGGGCACUCAUCGUCGAGUUGCCUUCUACAUCCAAGUUCGGCAUUGCAUGGCCCUCGGAGCCGUCACCACCCAUUGCGUUACCCCUUGCGGACCGUCCCGUUAUGCUCAGCUCCUCGGAAGGUGAGACCGACGUGUCGGAGGAAGAGCUGAGCCGCCCUGCGAGGAGGAGCGCGCGGACGGUGGAGAGCGAUGAGUCCGAGUUUGCAACACCUACCAACCAUAUGGAUUCAGACCAGAACCCGCUCGACCAAGCUGAGCAUCCCCCUCCACUCCCUCGAUUGUCUCGCGCCUUCUCGAUGCCUCUCCCAUCUCAGCUCGGUUCGUUGCAGAACCCAAGACGGAUCGCUUCGUCACCGUCUGGUGAUGCGCCACUCGCCAUCGGCGAGCUCCCGCCCGAAUGCUGCCAUUUUCAGGAGCUUUCGCUGGAAUUGGCGGACUCGGUACAGAUGGUGAUACAGACGCUACUCCAGCUAUCCCCGCCGCAAGUUCUGGACCCUGCAAAGGAGCAGUUCUCUGCAUGUUCUCUCUCCAUCCCGACGCCCUCCAUAUCUGCUGUGUUUACAUCUAUGAAGAAUCUAAAUUACAUGUCUGCCAACAUGUCCGCCCUCAGCCUCGAUCCUCCCACUCAGUCGGCAGCAACAGGCGUGGGCGAACGUCACAGUAUGUCCUCCACAUAUAGUGACUUUGACGUUGGUGAGAUGUUGCAGAGCGUGGGUGAUGCGUUGAGCGGUGUAGCAGCGCAAGCGGGUGUGGAUCUGGUUUUAUUUCACGGUGAUGUGGGGCUAAAGUAUGUCGGGGUGAAAGGAGAUGAAGGCGGCAUCUCGUAUACGUUGUCUCAUGUGGUCCGACAAAUCAUAGGAACAGCGCAUCCUGGAGACACCGUUGAGAUCGGGCUGUUCCUGGAACCUGUGCCCGAUUCCGAUACUACAGUUCUGCCUUGUGAAUGCUCGUCUCCCUCCUGUGGGGAGGACAAAACGUUACGCUGUGUCUUCCACAUCAAUCAUUCACGUGUUGCAUCAGAAUGGGCAAGCUCGACAGAGGAAAGUGCCGGCAGCUCUCCUGUUUCCCCGACAUCGCCAUCUUUCAGACCACAACCAUCCUUUAAGACCCUUUUCCUCCGCCGUUUGCUUAGCCAUGUAGGCGCCUCCCUGGAGACAGAUGUGGAGCCGAAAGGCCUCACUCCUGGCCGUCCCGUCGAGCUAUCUAUCGAAUUAGAGCGCGGUUCCCCGAAUGUUGUAAACCCCGUUAUCAAUACCUUUCCAGAUGAAUCGGCUUUCAUUGGGAACCCGGAGCUGAAGAUUUCGCAUGAGCCCACCAUGGGACAGCUGGUUCGUUUCGCUGAGGGGCUCCGAGGGAAGAAGGCAACGCUGUACGCAAACCCGAAAGGUGCCUUUGCUCGUCACCUCACGAGCUAUCUCACUACCUGGGGCAUGGACGUCAGCCCGGUCUCCACAGAGCCAGAUGCUGAUGCCAUGUCUGAGAAUGGCGCGCCGGUGGUGGACCCGGCGUCGAGUCCUCUGUCAGGAAGGGACGACACACCACUGCCUACAGUGCCGGAACAAGCUCCUGGGGUGGCUUCCUCUGCGAAUGGGAGCAGUGGCGCGGAUAUAGCAGCGUUCGUCCUCAUUGACGAUGAUGUUAGCAUAUUACGAAGCAAGUUGCAGAAGAUCAAGGCCGAACAAGCGUAUCCGCUGCAUCUACAUACGAGGAAACGACCCUCUCUCGCCGCCAAUCACCGUCCACGUUCUUCACCGCAGGUCGCUCGUGUCAUGGGGCUUACUGCUUCCUCUACUACAUCUCUCGCGUCCCCUCCUGUUAUUGUCCAUUUUACUUCACUGUCCAACUUCAAACUUGUGAGGGACGCGAUUCAAUCCGAUCUGAUCCCCGGGUUUGGCAAUACAUCGCGCCUUCCGGAGGUCUUAGUGAUACCGAAGCCCGCGGGUCCACGGCGAUUAUUGACAGCAUUACAUACCGCCAUGACAAAACCGGUUGUGGACCCGUUCUUCUACCCCAUUGCUACUUCUCCUAUAAGUCCCGGGUUCCACGCUAUGAGUCCUUUCUUCAACACGUCUGGUGCAGCAAGGUCACCUGGCGGACGGUCAAACACGAGCAUCCGCACCGCUUCCGAUAAGUCGGCAAGAUCGCCGAAGGAAUACCCUGCCUCGUCACCACGCGGUGCCUCGGACUCGACGGAGUAUUUCUCCAAUGCUGACACGGCGGCGAAGCUUGGUGCUGUUCCCGCCUCGGGACUAGUCAUUCAAAGCCCCAACGGCCAGCCUGCUGGGAUAUUCUUUCAUCCCAAGCCGAAGAACGCGAAGGGUGCAUUGCAAUCACCUCAAAGCGAGCGUGCGGCUGCUCAAUACGAUUCUCCGGGUCGCUCUCAUGGCAUUUCAUUCCGCCGUACACCAGACAAUGAAGCUAAAGGCGGCUUGACUGUUGGGACCGCGGACAUUGCUCGACGUGGACCACGCUCGCCUGCAGGAGCGAGCGUCGAGGCUAGUGCCGAACGUGACGAUCCGUUCGGCAGUCAGUCGAAGGGCAAGGGACGACAUGCGGUCUACGAAGGUCUCGCUCCGCUGUCUCCCGCGGAAAGCCCAAUAACCGCCGGGUUGGUGGGGUCGCCCAUAAGGGAGUCAUCGACGUCAAGUGCACGGACACCUACCAGGAAGUCGAUACAGUCAGAUAACCUCGCGAGACAUGCGUCGGGCGCGCCGGUAUCCCCGUCCCGUGCAGUACCCGCUCCACCCUUGCGGCGUCCACGAAGGCCGAAGUUCGAGAAUACCGCCUCCGCGCCCGCUGCCGUGCAGAAGAAGGGGAAACCGACUGACACGAAUAUUGUGCCGCCGAUUAGCGUCCUUAUCGUUGACGAUAACCCGAUCAAUCAGACCAUUCUCUCGACAUUCAUGAAAAAGAAAAAGAUUAAGUAUGACGUUGCGCAGAAUGGAGAGGAAGCUGUUGACAAAUGGCGCAGCGGUGGCUUCCACUUGAUUCUGAUGGAUAUACAGAUGCCUGUCAUGGAUGGUAUUGCGGCUACGAAGGAGAUCAGACGGAUGGAGAAGCUCAGUGCAACAGGGGGGUUCCCGACGACACCUGGUUCCGAAGGUCAAAGCACCCCUUCCGACACUUCGACUAGCGAAUCGCGCUCGUCGACGACGUCUACCCCUCCGUAUAGAUCGUCCGUUAUUAUUGUCGCUUUGACCGCCUCAUCAUUACAGAGUGAUCGUGUGGCCGCUCUAGCUGCUGGGUGUAACGACUUCCUGACGAAGCCAGUCUCGCUCCAUUGGCUCAACAGCAAGAUCAUUGAGUGGGGCUCCAUUAAAGCGUUGCAGAUGUGGGCAGAUAUCCGACCUGAGUUCGUCAAGAGCAUAUCGUCCGGACAAGCCGUGCAGGCUCAGCAUGUUGCACGUCGGUUGCAUGUACCACUGGGCCGGUCUACUCCUACACACUCGCGUAGUCGUUCCUCGAGCACUUCACGGAAGGUGAUCUCGCGCGAGGGCGUAGCCGCCGCGGCGAGAGGCCUCAUUGGAGAGGACAAGACGAUCACACCGAACACCCCCAUCCAUGAUGAUUCUCCCGGUGCAUUGCCCAAUGACUCGUCUAGAAUCACCGCUUCUGUCUCCGAGCCCUUGGCGCCUGGUCCAGCCGAACGUGUGGCGGACAUUGAAAUACCGGCGGCAAAUGGUCCUUCUGCGCAAUCAGAAGGCGUGCUCGUUAUUCCCAGUAUGGAUCUUCCGGGGAUGAUGCAGUCUGUUGAGGACACGAUGCCGUCGGCGGAGCACUCUGGCUGUGCAGAACCACCAAAUACUCGGGCAACGCCGUUCUCCGGUCCCUCGGAACGCUUUGCGAAUGCAAAUGAUGGAGAAUUUGAAGAAAAAGAUGCAUCGCCAGCGGUGGAUGACUCACCACCGCUUCGUCACGACAGCAAUCCGCCGCAACCGCCGCCAGAACCGCAAUGA